AUGGCAGACGCGGAGGAGCGACCGGGUCGGCAGCUAGCGACCAACCUGCGGGAGCUGAUGAAGCAGGUGGAUAUCCGGACUGGGACGGAACGGGAUGUUGGGGGAAACAAGGGGGAGCGAGAACGAGACAACGAGAGCGUGGCGAGUGCGUCUGUGCGCGACAUAUUUGCCCGUGCGCGAACGAACAUCCCGACGCCUUCCUCCAGAAUAAACAGACCCCGUGGACUCUCAAUCGACAGCGAUAUUCUUUCGACCAACGACGGAGAUGAUGCGAGCACUGUUGACUCCACACCCGUAGCUCGUGUUCCACCAGCAGCGGCAUCAUUCAAUGCACUCCGACAGCGACUGGAGACUGCAUCUGAUGCGACAAGCGACCUCACUGGUUGGGACCGUUCUGCUCGGUCGCUGCUUACUACUCGCGGCCAGGCGAGCCAGAGUCGACUGAAUGUCUAUGACGAUGGAUCGAAUCUGAUGGACGAAGACCUAGGCCAAGUGCCCGCUCUCACUGUUUCCCACGUCGACUUUGCCCCCAGUGUAUCGAGCACAUCACAGUCUACUGUCGGAGCCACUCCACGCCAGCGACCUCCAGUCAUCCCCAGGGGCCCCAGUCUCCAAUCUGCCUCAAUUGCCGACCGACUUGCAGGCAUUCCAGACGAUGGACUCGAGUUUGAUGACACCGACCGUGAAGACUUUGAUCGCAAUCGUAUGGAUGACGAUUCAGACGACUUGCUCCACCAGGAAAACGACCUCUUACGAAGCUCAAGCCCCCCACCCCCGGAAAGCCCCACGAAGCGCCCUGUACGACCAAUUAGUGGCAGCUGGGAAAACGUCAUGCCAGAAGGGAGCGUCAUGAGCUUGCCUAACAUUGAUGGUCGCAAACCCAUACGCAAACCCGAGCUCGGCUCUUCAGGCGGGAGCGGGAGCGGAAGUGGGAGCGGCUCCAAACUCAUGCAAGCUAUCCAAGACGAGGAGGAUUCGUACCAGCGCAGUCUGCACGAAAAGAGCGGCUCGACUGCCACGACCGGAGAUGAGACUCAGCGACCACCUGUCUCUCCCAACAAGACCAAUCGCCCAACCAGUCGGCUCUCUAUUUCCGGCCGCUCGCGUCUUCCCAUGGCCAAGGCCUCCCCCUCGUCGGGUUCAAGGUCUGGCCCCGCACCAUCCAAAGCCGCAACUAUUCCACCUGUAUCCAAACCCACCCCUCCCAACGAUAAACCACCCACUUCCAAACACUCUCGUUCGGACGUUGCCUUUCCCUCAUCUUCUCAAGAUGCUCCCGACCAUCCCACCAGUCGCAUAGGCUCACCACCAAAGAGUCGCAUUCCUCGCCCAUCAUCUCCUGGGGCUGGUCCUCAAUCACCCGCCUCUCCCCGUACGAGUCUCCUACCACCCGUAACGCCCUCGCGCAUUCCUCGAGUCUCGAUGAGCUACAGCCCACGCUCUUCGGUCGGAAGUUCACCCUCUCAUAUGGUUCGCUCUACGCCUGCCAUGACCCCCUCCCGAACACGCGCAGUAAGCGCACUCGGGUCCGGCCCCAACCCCGGCACAACCACUCCUUCGCGCACACGAGCCACAAGCGCCCUGGCCCACAAAGGUACACCGCCUGAAUAUGACGUCGAUCGUGAACGUGGAUGGGGUAAACAGCUCCCCAAACUCACUCAUGCCAAUCUCCGUAUGAGACAUGAUCAAAUGGACACCGUGCACUCGUAUCUUUCUGGCUUGAGCCCCGAACGGAAUAGCACGGGCGGUCGGUCGAGGCCAUCUACGCCCUCGUUUGCGGGGUAUACCCGCAAGGGCACGAGCGAGUUGAGCAUCGCAGAGGAACAGGCGGCGAAACCUGGCUGGGACCCCCGUGGUUCGCCGUCGGCGUCGGCAUCUGUUGGCCGUUCCCCCGGCCUCAUCCGCACAUCAUCCCUCAAAACACCCAGCAAGCCAAGCUCCGCAGCAAUGCGCCAUUCAUUGAGCUUCACAGGCUCGCCGUCCGCAACGGGUUCAGAACACGGGGUGUCACCCAUGGGCUCGCCACGCAAACUGUCCACUCGCAAAUCGGCCGAACUCGUGUCCCCUCAAGAGUACAAAGCGCUUCGGGAGCGCGACUGGGGUCGACCUACCAACUCUCGCGCGUUUGGUUUGGCCAAUCUUCGAACGAGGGGAACGCCUGCUCCCGGCGGACGAAAGCGCGUUGUGAGCGGCGGGAGCGCUGGUGGAUCUGAUGUGAGCAUGACCAGCCCCGUGCGCGAACGGAACGGGAACGGGAAACCUCGCCCCCACUCGGUUCAUCUCGGCGGGUCGUAUACUUCGGGCGGCGGGCCUAGUUUGGAUCAGCUGGGACGCGAGCCAUUGGGCGCUGGUUUCGAGGAUGACGAAAUGAAGCGUACUCGAGUGGCAGCGGCGCCAACAUCCAUUGAAGACUUGCAAGAAGAAACCGAGGUCGAGGAGCUCACCAGGCCUGAAAGCCCGAGCCCGCCUUCUCCCUCGCGAUCUAUCCCACUACCCGAUUCUCCACCCCCGCCGAGCAGAUCUCUUCAGCGUGGAACUACGCCUCCGCCCCCAAAGCGAGGCCAAGUCCCACCGGUUCGGUCGGAAUCCGUUCCCAAACUUCAGUUGCACCCACCGCAAGAAACCUCAAUCAUGUUUGGGGAGGGAAUGGUCGGGGAGAGCACUACCGUCGAGUCGUCGAGAGAACGCAGGGACUCGUCGAGGAGGCGAAGCUUGGGUGAAGAUAAGGAAACGACUGUGAGGAACGAAAGGCGAAGCUCGACUGGUAAAGAACGUGUUGAGCCUGCUUCUGAAGAAGAGUCACAUCCCGGCUCUCCCAAGCACCUUACGUUUGCUCAACCCGAAUCACCUACGAUUUCGUUCAUGGAUACACUUCCUCCUUUGCCAGAGCCACCGUCGGAUGAUGAGCACUCAGUUGUUGUUCCUCCUGUUCGCCCUUCUGUGAGUAUUUCCUCUGAGUUCCAAGCUCGGAUGUUGAAGGGAAAUGUCCAGGUCAAUACAAGAGUCAAUCGCAUCGCUCGCGAGUCCAGUCCAGGCAGCGGUGGCAGUGGGUCCGAGAAUACCCCACGUGCGAGCACAAUGUCAUUGCGAAUCCCCAGCCCAGGGGUACCCGAACCCCAGGCAGCCAAGGAACCCCCCGGCGCCAGCCUUCUUGGACUCGAGUCGGUUCCGGUCCAGUCGGACAAGCUCGAAGUUCCUCGCCCUAUCCAAACGAGAAGCAGGAGCAAUACGCUGGGAACCGCUCUUCCACGGGUCGAAGUGAAUACCUCUGUACCAAGGGACGAAAUCGACUCGGCUGCGACUCCCAUCGCUACACGCUGGAAUCCACCUGCUCGAGAAGAUAAGAAACCGGCCGAAGUCAAGCCGCCUCGUAAACCUUCUCCGUUGGCGAGUCAAGUCUCGUCUCCUGCGAUUCCAAGUGUUGUUUCUUUGCCUCCUACGUCGGCACCGCCUUUGCAGGCACGACAUUCGGAUCCUCAACUCCCUCCCAUGAUGUCACAGAAGGGCAAGGAGAUUUUGCAGAGGAUGCAGCAACAGGCUGCCAUGCUGGCGAGGGAUUUAGACACUGAGAGCCAACAACCAGUUCCACAAGGAGACGAAGGCAAGGUUGAGACGGAUCAGAUUGUUCAGAUGUCUGCUGCCGCCCGGGCUGAACGUGAAAGAUUGGAGCAAUUGCGAAAGGCACGAGGACCAAAGGACAAGGUUGCGGUUGUCGAGGUUCCGGUUAAACAACGCUCGAUCGUUUGGAUAAUUUUCUCCUUUCUGCUUUCGGCGCUCUGUGUCUGGCUUGCUCUCUAUGCACUAUCUCAUCAUGCCACCAACGUGUAUCUGGACCCACUUUACCCUGUCCUCUACGGUGGGGACGCAAAUCCAUUGCGCGCCGCACGAACUAUAGACACCUUCCCCACCGCAUGGCAUGCCUAUAUUGUCCCCAAAUCCGGAAUUCAGCAUUGGUUAACCCCUAUUUCGCAAAAACUAUGGGCACUUCCUACCAAUUGGCGGCCGUCUUGA